AUGCGGCAGCUGCAGCCGCUGCAUCUACAGCAGCAGCAGCCGCCGCAUCUUCUGCAGCAGCCGCCGCUGCAUCUACAGCAGCAGCAGCCGCCGCACCUUCUGCAGCAGCCGCCGCAUCUACGGCAGCAGCAGCCGCCGCAAUCUACAGCAGCGGCCGCCGCAGCUACAGCAGCAUCAACCGCUGCUGCCUCUGCAGCAGCAGCCGCCGCCGACCCAGCAGCAGCAGCCGCCGCCGAUCCUGCAGCAGCCGCAACCGUCGAAUCUACUCCAUCGGCCGCCGCCGGCCCUGCAGUCCCUACUCUAGCCGAACCUGCAGCAACUGCCGCCGCUGUCGCGACUGCCCCGGCCCUGCCUUGCCCUGCUGCUACUGUCACUACCACUUUUAUUACUUACUUUUCCUCCUCCUGCUACCAUGGCUACUGCUCCUGCCAUGCUACUGCCCCUGACUCCUCUGCUGCUAGCACACUGCGCUCCCAGUGGCAGACCCGCGACGCACACGCUCGCUUUGCUAUCCGCAACUCCCUGCCGCUAGAUGAGCGCGAGCACUUCGGCCAGUGCAAAACUGCUAAGGAACUGUACACAGCCGUAGUUGCUCGCUACUCCUCGCCUGCGUCUGCCACCCUAGGCCGCCUCUCCCUGCCCUACCUGUUCCCCGACCUGGCCUCCUUUCACACUGUCGCUGAUCUCAUCACCCACCUCAAGACUAGUGAGGCCCGUUUUCGCGCUGCUAUGCCUGCCGAGUUCCUUGCUAGCAACCCCCCCCCGCUCUGGCUCACCCUCUACCACAUUGUCACCCGCCUCCCUGACUCUCUGCGCUCAGUCAGGGACUCCUUUCUAGCUCGCUCCCCUACUGAGCUCACCAUUGCCCUCCUCGAGAAGGACCUACUUGCAGCUGAGGCGAGCAUCGUCGCCGUAGGUGCCUCUCGUGGCGAGCCCCGCACCCCCUUCUUCGAGGGGUGUUCCCCUUCCCCCCUUCUCCCCUCUGUCGCCACUGCUGCUGCUGUCGACCUCCUUGGUGCUGAGAAGGUCGGGGCUGCGUCUGCUUCGAGCGGGCGCCGCAAGAGCAGGGGGGGCAAGGGUGGGGGUGGAGGCGGGGGAGGCGGGGGUGGAGACAGUGGAGGUGGCGGUGGGUCUGGAGAGGCUAGUGGCGGCAGUGGGGGUGGUGACAGCGGCGGCGGGGGUGGUGGCAGAGGCGGAGGUGGCAGCGGCGGCGGUGGCGGUCGUGGCCGUGGCAGGGUUUCCUGGGUCUACUGA